AUGCCUAUUGGUGAGACAUUCGUCUAUAUAUUUCAAGUGUCUCUACCGCAGUCCGUUGUAGAGCAUGUCUUUUUGCAUUGGUUCUUCAUCUUGACUUUCAGAUGCCUUGAACAUCCCCUGGCUGAAACAGCCAUUAAGAAACUUGCAGCAGUUUCACUCCAGUCAAUGAACAAAUACUCUUUACAAGUCAAGUGGGACUCCAUAGAGCUCAGCGAUGAUGAAGACUUUGAGUGUCAUCCAAAUGUGGAUAAAAAAUCCAUGGUUCGCUGGAAACAAGCACAAGUCCAUAAGGAACGUAAAGAGCGACAGGACCAGUUAGAUCUACUUACUCUUGAACAUCAGACAACAGAAAAAUAUUUGGCCGACUUCAAGAACCAGGUCAAGGCAACAUUUGAGGCUCUUUCACGUCCAGUUACUGCUUCUGCUAUCAUAGAUACACUCAAGAAAAUUCAAACUGAUACUGAAAAAACGUACACCGAUCCAAUGAGAACCAAGUCUAUGAGCUGUAUGAAUGCAUGGCCAAGAGAAUGGGAGGCUCCUAAUUGGGGAACUGUUCUUCGUGAGCAUGUACCUUGGCACGAUACUGUUGCCAAAAUUCAAGAGGCAGUGAGCAAAAUUUCUCAGGAACAUGCUGGGGAUAAUCCUGAAAAAUUUAUCGAUUUAACUAUGUUGAUGAUUGCUGAAGCUGAAGCUCGACUGGUCAAGCGCCAAAGUCUCAUUGAAACUCAAAUCAAGGCAUUGAAUGUUGAAAUGCACAAGAAACUCACAAUAGAUCAUCUUAAAACAGGAUUUGACAAAACAAUCAUGUCUAAAAAACCUGAAGACGAAUCUAUGUCUGCUGCACCAGCUGCUGACAAAUCUAUUGGAAAAGAUGCUAAAGCGUCUUGUUCUACCACGAUUGAAACCAUCAACUCUGUUAAAACUAAAGCAAUCGCGACUCCAGAAAAGACAAUCCAAGCUGAUAUUGCUACAUAUCCGGGACUUGCCGAACAAAUCAUGGAAGAAUACAAUUCAACUGACGAGGAGCUGAUCAAUACUCAUCCUGAACUUCUUGCCUUUUCCAAGUAUGGUGACUUUGGAGAUGUUCUUAAAGCUCUUAAAAAGCAUUCGGAACUUCAAAAAGAGACUUUUGAAGAAGCGAUUUUGAUGCGUGCAUUGGUUUUGGAAAUUGUUGGCAAAUCCAAGGAAGCCAAAACCUGUGUCAUCAACUCUCUAAUUCUCAAGUAUACCAGAGCUCUUGGGUCAUCAGGCAUUGAUGUGUUCUUUAGCAAACUGGAAGCUGGAAAAUCUAGUGCACACAACCUAUUUUUUUCUGAUGUUAGCAAGACGUAUGAGCACAUUCAGCGUCGCGGAAAGAUUCUUCGUGCAGAAAAAAUUGAAAGCUACAAGGCUGCUAUUAAAGAAAAGGCGGAGCAUGAAGCCAACAUCAAGAAAAUAUAUGAAACUUUUUUGCAAGCAGAUGGAAGUCUUGUGUUUCCUCUGCCUGAGACUCCCACUGAACGCCAGGUGGAGAUUAGUCAAUGGUUCAAUAAUUUGCCACACGCUACCAAAGAGGGUUUACUGCUUGAAGAUGUUGAAAAGAUUAACCAAUUUCUUACCACGCUUGGGCCAGACGAAGCUGAAAAAAAUGCACAGUUUGCAAUCGAGGCUGGGUUUAUUCAUGUUGAAAAAGAGGACGAAUAA